UAACGAGGACGAGUACCCAGUACUGUACCCUACUCGAUCCACCGCACCGAUUAUCCGAGAGCGAGGAGGAGGCCUUCACCCCACGACGAGAAACAAUACCAGGGAGCACCGUAGAUUGUUGCAGUCGUACCCGAUUAUUUGUCCUAUUGUUCCAUCGCAUCGCAUUCCACCCGAUCCCUUCCCAUUCCAUCGCCGCACCGCGUUGAUGCCUCGCCAAACGAUCGGGGCUGGGAAGGGUUGUUCCAAGCAUUGCCGGCGGAAGCGGAAUGAAUCCUCGGCAGAAGUUCGGCGGGGACAACAGCCUUCACUCUAGCGCAACGAGGAACGCCAGCAACCUCCAGCGCCAGAGGCAGACGCCGACGCCGACGCAGCAACAGGGACAGGCACAGGGACAGGCACAGCGGAUCGAUAGCAUGCAGACGAUGCCGCCCCGCUACAUGGACUCGACGCCCCCCCGGCAGGCCUCGGCACUGGGGAUGGACACGGCGAUUGUUGAUUCGUACAACGACGGGAACGGGUUUACACCCUUUCCGGGCAGCACCCGGGGAGGUGCCCUCUUUCAGAGCACCAACGGGGCCAGCAGCAACGCCAACGCCAACGCCAACGGCUACGGCAGCAGYGGUGGUGGCAAACACAACAAAACCCCACCCAGGUACAGCGCCAAUGGGGGCGAUGCCGCGGGCCGCUCUUGCCUGGUGAUCCCCAGUUUUGGAAGCGGCAGGAAGAAAAAGAAGCCCGCCAAGAAACUCUCUCCGAACAAAACGUCCCCGAAACGACGUGGCGGUGGAGGCGGCGGGGGACUCUUUGGCCGCGGUCCCCCGUCUUCGGCGGCGUCCACGUCGGCCGAGUCCUCGAUGGGGGAUCCCUUUGUAGACGGCUACCACCACAACGACAAGCGGAGCCUGCUGGAAUCCUUUGCCAAGAAAGCGGACGGGAACCACGCCAAGGACUGGUACCUCGAAACCAUGGUCGAAGAAGACGAGGACGAGGACACCGCAACCAACGACAACAGCAACGCCGCCAAUUCCAAUAGCAAUAGCAAUAGCAAUAGCCACAGCCACAGCAACCGUCGGACACAGCAAUUCCAACCGCGGGAACAACAUUCAGCGACGAACAAGCCCUAUUCGCAGUUUGUACAACCCAAGCGGCAGCAGCACAGAGACGAAAACUCGGCUUCCUCCGGGGACGCCGUUCCGACUUUUCUUCAGAUGCCAAAGGCCGAGGACCGGAGCCACCAGGCACGGGCGCGCCAGGACAAGAUGCACGCCUACGAAGGGGAGAUGGAACCCGAGGGCGUCAGGGGACAAGAGGCGAAAGCUGUGGCGGACAGYGAGUCCGGAAGCAGCCGAAAGUCCCAGCCGUUUCAGCGAUUGCAGCCAAUGUCUACGCCUCCCGCCAAACAGCCCGUGAUGGCCGUGCGAAAGUUUACAAAUUCGGGCACCAGUACCUCCGAAUCGUCCUCUCAGUUGCUGCCCAUUCGCCAGGUCGUUUCGAAUAGCAGAAAACAGCCACGGGAUUCAUUGCUUGUCCCGCAAAAAGACGAGGAAAACCAGGAGUACGAGGACGAUCACCUUUUUCUUCUGGAGAACGAGUCCCCCCUAAAACCCCCACCGGGGUACACUGGAAACCGGACGACGUUCGCAUCGACACCGUCGGCAACGCCRGKCGAUCUCACCAAAAGUUUUCAGUCGCCGGACCCAUACCGCAACAACGGAGACGACGAAUACUCCGAGGAUAUCAACUCCCAAAACCGGGACGACGUCGAUAAGCGAUAUCGGCAGGAAGAUGACAGCCGUUCGUUAUCGACGCGUUCGAUGAUCUUGGAAAAGGAGAAACAAAAGGAACGAGAAGUUCGUGCCCUGUUCGCCGCCGAGCAAAAGGAAACAAAUCAAAACGGCUAUUCGGGCCGCAACAAUGGCCGGGGAGAGGUUAAAAAGUUUCACAACGUCAGCCCGCUAUCGACUCCGUCUCGAUCCCAGCGUCGGUCCGCCCCCGUUAGCGUCGACGAUGCAUCCUUUGAAAACCCAUUGGAGCACAUCCAGGGUAUCAACGCCAUGGCCAUGGAACACGUCACCAAGGGAGAAUUCGACAUGGCUCUCCAGGCCUUUACACAGGUCCUCGAUGUGUACAUUCAGCAACACGGUGAGGCGCAUCCAUUAACGGCGAGUGCCCACCACAACCUUGGCACCGUUCACACCAAGCGCGCCGGGUUGCUCCCGGAGCACACGCUCCACCAGCGCCAUUGCCGGGAGCAGGCCCUCAMGUGCUUUCAGGCCGCAGCCCGAUCGGCCCGGGAUUGCCCCUCGCUUGGUCCAAAUCACCCCAAUGUCGCGGUCAGUCUUGUUCGAAUCGGAUUCCUCUUGCUGCAAUCGAGGCAGUACCGCAACGCCGUCAUUACCUUUGAAGAGGCCCUCCGAAUCCGUACCGAAAACUACGGUCCGACCCACGCACUGGUGGCAAACCUGUACAACAAUUUAGGCGUCUGCCAUAUGCACCUGCAGAACUUUCGGGACGGGCGAACCUUUUUGCAGCAGGCGCUGGACAUUCAAAAGGAGCUACUCGGCCAGGGAGAAGACGAUUCCACCGCACUCCUCGAGCUUGCCGACACGCUCUGCAACAUCGGGGGCCUCAACCUAGAGUGGAUCCGCCGACAGGGACCGGACGCGCGGCGUGCUCUGGACGCCGAAUCUGCCUUUUUGGAGGCCCUGGAAUUGCGGUCGAAGGUCCUGGGCGAAGACCACGUGCUCACAACCCAGGUUCGAUCGCUCCACGACAUGGUCCGCAGCAUCCCCAUGCCCAAAUCCRCCGAGAAGCCAAAAGAAAGCCUCGAUCGCACCCCGAGUUGGUCCUCUCCAAAUUCUACCAACCAAGGAAAGAUUGCUUCCUACCGACCCGAGUAUUCCCCUGCGGCCAUUUCGGACAUGACCACUUCGGAAUUCACAACUUCGAAGCACUCGGGCCACACCGCCCGCUCCAGGAAUGUCGAGGCAAAUGCGGACACGAGUCGCUUGGAUUUACCGGUCCUGAGAACUCCAAACAGACCACCGGACUCGAGACCACCAUUGGAUCCCAACAAGGUAUAUAAUUUUAAUGAUGGCUACGAUGCGACGGAAGAAAGCUGCGUGCUGAGAAAACCUGCCGAGGACGGUGAAACAGCGAGCCAAGUUGGGGGGUUUGUAAGCUACGCACAGAGCACUGUGUCAAUAGGCAGCGGGGUGGAAAGCGAUCGGAUCGCAAUGAUGAAGCAUGCAAAGAAUGUGCUGGAUUCUCACCAAGACUUUAUGGACUCUCCGAACGUUAAUAGUAGGGUCGAUGCCUCUGGGAUCGAGAGGACCAUUGACGAAAGGGACGGGAAUGCAAACGAAGAUGGAUUGGCGCCUCUUGCGGGAGAUUGGCCAGGAUCUAGAGACACSAGCCGAUUAUCUCCGGAUUGUCUUCAGAAUCCGUCAAGAAACUUGCAUACCAUCCACAAUUGCGCUGCAGCUUAUAUUUCGAAGGGGCGCUACAACGAAGCAGUGACGUUGUUGGAAAUGGUGGUAGAGUGUCAAAAGACGAGGAACGGAGAACUCCAUCCCGACGUAGGAUCAGCGGUUCACAACGUGGGCAUAGCCUACUUGAGGAUGGAAGAACAUUACGAUGCUUUCCAGGCCUUUGAAGAAGCGGUGCGGGUCCGAAAGGCUACGCUCGGCCGAGAACAUCCCGAAGUAGCUGUCUCUCUGGUAAAGUUUGGCAUUGCGUUGAUGCUGCUACAGCGCCACGAGGAUGCUCUCUGGAUUUUCCGGGACGCCCUGUCCAUUCGGAAACAAACCCUUGGUGAUCUCCAUCCAUCGAAUGCUCGGAUCUACAACAACAUUGGAUGCGUUCACGUUGAGCUUGGGAACCUCAGAGACGCAAGGAAAGAAUUUGAAUCAGCGCUGGACAUACAGCGAAACACACUGAUCCAGAAUCCAGAGAACGGACCGAUGAUUUUUGGAGCAUCAACRACACUGCAAAAUCUAGGGUAUCUGUACGGAAAGUCGGAGAUGUAUGAGAAGGCGGCGAUGGUAUUGCGGGAAUCACUAAGCGUAAGUAGGAAGRACACCUUUGGAACCGAAGGAGAGGAACUCUUGGUUUGUCCGUKUGUCACCGAACAAUUUACUCAUCGSCUUGCUUUCUAUUUUAAAAAAMAAUCUACAGCUCCAGGAAAAAAUCAUGUACCCGGAACACCCGACUGUGCUCGCAACACUCGAAAGUCUAGCCGARACCUGUUUGGAUGCCCAAAGAUUCACACAUGCACUGAAAUAUUUCCGUGAACUGUUCGAUAGGACCCAAUCGAUGGAUUCGAUGGACUGCGUGAAGCAGGCACAGACACUUUACACAAUUUCUACAAUCUACGGCCAGCUCGACGAUACAAAAGAACAGAAGAAAAAACUCGAAAUGGCGUUGCGAUUUAGUCGGUCCGAAGACGUGCGACUCCAAGAUGGCAAUUUACAGGAGCGCCUCACCAUUGAAAAGAAAAUACAGGGGGAUUUAGAAAUGGUGAAAGGGAAGCUACGCUCAAAAAACAACUGGGUGUAAUCAAUACUAUUAUAUGUACUAGGGAAGGAACACAGUAUUUUUGGACUCUGCAAAUUAUUUUGUAUCAGCACUUUGUACCAUCGUAUUCUUAUCCACCAGUAGCAGUAGCGACGCUGAUGCUCAUCGUACUGCAGUAAUUUUGAAAAUUGAGUUAUUUUUGUUCGAGUGAUGAUCGGUGCCUUGGCGUUCUGUAUUCCUGUUACUGUAAGGGAUAGAUAGAUGACACCGUCGAUUGUCUUCGAAAAUUGGUCGUACCGGUACAUUUGAUGCAAAAUCCCAAAAUCCUCAAUUCGCACGGCAAAGCUCGAGGCGUACGUACAAGUACCCCUUACUCGUACAUACAACACAUCUCGAUUUUACAAUCACCACUCUCCUGACUGCAUGGUACCAAAUGCAACGCAAUCAUCCAUCGUCAUCAAUGCAAUGCUGCUCCUACUAGAUGAUACUAGGACACGCAAAAGGAAUUUGUGGGGCCGUUUUUGUCGGGAGGAAUAUCCGAACAAAUUGUUGGUUGCACGAGAUAAUUGAUGCACGUCAUUUCACUACAACAGACGCGGCGGUAGGAGCACCACAAACAUCGUCGAAACGCAAGUCGCUAUCUGUAGUGUGCAUGGUAGGGGACAUUGCGGACGCAAGGGCCGAUGCUAUCACGGUGUCCUCGAAUCCAAGCUUGGCCGGAAACCUUCAACCAAACUAUUGGAGGUUUUCGGGACGAGCCAACACCAAUGGAUCGGUUCGGAAGAAAGGAGGGAGGGAUCUGGAUUCGCACUGCGAACAAAUAUUUCACACCGACUCGGCCAAAAUGAAAACGGGUCGACGGCGAAAAUGCGACUCACUGCUGAGUGUCGGCGAGGCCGUCGCAACCCCUGCGGGAAGGAACAUACCUAACGCCAAGCACGUGCUUCACGUAGUGGUUCCGGACCGCAUCACGCACUAUGACGACGGUGUCACCGGUGACGGGGAAGAUGCUGAUCUCCUCGCACUACUCCGAACGACUUACAACUCUGUUYUUGAAUGCGCCGAAACCGACGCCAAGGCAGAAUGUCUUGCUAUCCCUGCACUGGGGUGUGGAAUCAAGGGAUGGAGCCAUAGAGUCUCGGCAAGGAUUGCUAAAGAGGCCAUCGAAGAAUAUUUCCGCAACAAGGGACAGGAAGAGCAACAAAAUGAAGGAAUUGAUUUCACUACUGCUUCCUCACUGACACACAUAGCUUUUGUUCUAAAAACAGAKUCAAGUCGAGGCAUUUGGGAAGAAGAAAUGAGCGCUUUUCCAAGGAUGCUUGGUCGAACACAACAAAAUUAGAAAAAAUGACACUGCAAGCG